UUUUCGGUCCACCUGUUGCAAAAGAGUAGAUAAGCGAAAAACGUAAAAGUAUGGAUAACCUUGUCGAUAAGGUACUUACCCCACCACAAUCUCCGUCAUCGGCCUUUUUCUCUUAUCGGAAUGGUCUCCUGUACUGUGAAGAGGUCAGUAUAGACGAUUUUCUAACCACUAGCUUAUCUAAAACGGAGGAUAAGAAAGAUGUAGUCAAUAUCAAUGGAAAAGUAGUGACCUUGGACGUUCCACCCACCCCGGUAUUUCUGUACAGCUUGGCCGCUUUGAAGUCCAACGUGUCGAAAUAUUUGGACGCCAUACGAACUUCAGAGUUGAAGUGUCGCCUUGGAUAUGCCGUCAAAGCGAACGGGAACCAUACCAUUUUGACUACACUGCAUCAAUCCGGGGUGGAAAUGCUAGUAUGCGUUUCCGGAAAUGAAGUUCUCUCAGGAAUUCAGGCCGGUUUUGAGCCCAGAAAUAUAAUUUUGAACGGAAAUGGGAAACAAGAAUGGGAAAUAAAGCUUGCGAUCCAAUUCGGUCUCCUGCUCAAUGUAGAUUCCGUCUUUGACGCGAAAAAUAUUGCAAACGUGGCUAAAUUGCAUCCUGGACGAGAAGUCCGCCUCCUUCUCCGAAUUCGUCCCAGUGCCACAAUCCACAAAGGAGAUUUGGCCAUCCAUCCCUACGUGAAUACUGCAGAAGCAUCCAAAUUUGGCUUCGGGAAGGAUGAGUUGGAUCAGGUUUUGACAAUAUUGGAGGGUCAGGAAACCACCAAAGUGGUCGGGAUUCAUUGUCAUCUCGGAUCUUGUAUUUACGACCCCGACGUGUAUCACUCUAUCGGCAAAAUAAUGACCGACAUGGUUGACGAAUUGGGGAAGAGGGGUCACACCGUGGAGCUGCUCGACAUCGGGGGCGGCAUAGGGAUCGAUUACUACAAAGUGGUACCAGGCAUGGAAGAAUACGGGGUCAAGACAAGUCCGAACCCUCAUCAAGUCGUCCCAAAUAUCGCCUCAUUUAUGUCCAUCUUAGCCAAAACUCUGCCCAAAAAUGUGAACAUCAUUUUGGAACCGGGUCGAUCCAUGGUCGCCGACACUGCCCUCGUAGCUUGCAAAGUGCUCGGAAGGAAGGUGGCUGGACAAAAGAAAUUCGUCAUUGUUGACGCCUCCAUGUCGGAAGUGAUUCGACCCUGCUUGUACGGUGCCCAUCAUCAAAUCCUUCCCACCAAGUUGUCCAAGUCGAGUCAAUGGGAACCGUACGACGUGGUCGGACCAAUUUGCGAAAGUGCUGACUUUCUCGGUCACAAUGUCCCCCUCCAAGAAGAAGAUAAGGAUUCGACAGCGUCUUAUCUGGCAAUCAUGGACGUUGGUGCCUACUGCUUCUCCAUGUCUUCAAACUACAAUAUGAGACCACGGCCCGCAGAGAUUAUGAUUGACGGCACGACUUGGACAACAAUUCGGGAAAGAGAUACCUUCCAAAAUGUUACAGGGAGAGGAACAAUUAAUUGACUGGCAUUAGUUACAUUACAACAUUUAAUAAAAACUAUACCCUUAC